CUCAAAGUCUCCUUGUAAAAUUUCAGUGGCCGCCAUUUUCUACAAAUGCAACUCUCCAACAUAACCUUAUUUACAUAUAGCUAUCUCUUUCGCACUUGUAUAAUGCUGCCAAUGAACUGUCAAAAUGACGCCAUUUCUGUUCUUGAUGGCCCUCUGAGUGUAUCCCUUUCAUGCACAAUAAUUUUGUUCGCGAAGUGAAAUUAGUGUUGUGAAAAUAUCACUGUGAUGAUUGCGUUUCCUUACAUCGAAAUGUCAUAAAGCGUUAUUAGUUAACCAAAUCUAAAAAUUUUAAUAAAAAUUUUAGUAAUUAUUGUUGUGAACAUAAAUUGUUUGAUUUGAACAAGCCAAUUAUUGGAAUAUUGAACAAUAAGUGAAGAAUUACAGAAGCUUGCGCUGCCUUCCAGACGGCAGCGUAUCGUGUUCGUCGAUUAUAGUGUGCAGAAGCAAGCUACGUUUUCUCGCAUCCUACUGCGGUGUUUUUUAGUAAUUUUUUUUUUUAAUCUUCGUAUUGCGCGGAAAAUAGUAGACAUAAUUUGUUUAUUGUAUUUUAAUACAUAUCUGAACAAAAAGGAAAUUCAAUAAAAAUUUUUAUUUUACUUUGUUUUGCAGAAAAUUAUAUGUGAAAUAAGGAUGCGCGUUGGUAAGAAAGCUAACGUCGUGGAGGCGAAGAAAACUCGUUCUUGUGUCGUGCGUUUAGAAAAGGUUUCAUCACCUCCAAUAAAAGUUACAAGAAGUAGUGGUAUAACCUCUAGAGGAAUUCAAUUACACACAGAGGAAAAAAGAUUUAAGGGACCAAUAAAGAAACGACCCAUUGCUCAAAGUAGUAGCAUUGCAGUAUCUACUAGUGCUGCUCCCCCGAUUUCAGAAACUUCCACAAAAUCAUCAAAAGUCAAAGAAAUGAAAGAAAAAUUUAAAACGCCAAUUCGAGGAGGGCAAAAAGCUGAAGUGGUUAAGCCCGCUGUGUCUGAACCACCAACUCCUACAUUAGCGACGGGACGAUCACGGAGAGCGAUAAAACCAAAUCCAAAAUAUGCCAGCGAUGACAUGGUCACACCAAAAAUUAUAAGAAAUGUGUCAGCUAUUGCAGGAUCAUCAUCCUCAUCUAAGAGGCCAACGAUUGUUCCAGAAAAACAACGUAAGAGGUCUACCAGCAGUUCAGACGACUUUUUCAAUAAAGAUUCCAGCGACGAGUUAGGAGCCAAUGAUUUUGAUGAUGAAGUAGAUAAAAUGUACCAAGAGUUAGAGAAAGAAAGCGAUUCUGAUUUCUCGGAUGAGCCUAAAUUGAGUGAAUCUGCGAAAAAACGCGGUAGACCGAAGAGAGGUAUGCAAGCAACACCGUCAAGUACUCCCGCAUCUGCGCCGCGUCCAACACCAACCCCUCAACAUAAAGGACAAACAUCACAACUUCAAUUACUAAGAAAAUCUUUCGCAGCCAGUGUAAAUCGAUCGAUAGAGCCAUCGGCUGGCAUGAAACGCAAACAUAAUGACUCAAUAGGUAGUAGUAGUGACAACGAUAAUGAUGCAUCAGGUGUAGUUCGAAAACGUAUUUUGCUAACAAAGUCGGCCAUCGCGAGAGAAGGUAAAAUUUCAAACUCUACCAACAUUAGCAUGUUAGUACGGAAACCAAAUCCAACACUAAAUGGAAGCAGAAUUCUUAAAAUCAAAUCAGAAAGCAUGGACAUAGAAAAAUCUAAACGUAGCCCCACUAUUAUAGAAAAGCGCACUCUCAUAGAUGGUAAUAGCGUGCCAAUUAGAAUAAACCAGCAAAGCAAACAACUGCAAACAAUGCGAACUCUUAGUAAUAACACAUCAGCGUCAGCAACUACAACCCGAACAUUAAUAACAACAUCCAGUAAGACUCCAAAUGCGCGAGUAUUGGCUGAAGCGAAGCGUCGAAGUGCUUCUCCCGCUAUUUCAAAAGUAACAAAGCCAACUGACGACAAGAUCGAGGAUAGUAAAAUAAAAAUAAUGCAAGGGACAUCGCCGUCAAAGAAUAACGAAAACGAUGAAUUAAUGCCUACAUUUACAAUUGUCAAUAUCAAUGACAUUAUUAACAAAAAAGGUGAUGUACUAAUAUCUAAGACUGGACGACCCCAUAACGAAAGUGUUAAGUCGGAGCAAACCUCAGUCCCUGAGAGUGCUAAAAUUAUUGAACAAAAGCCUGGACUUGUACGACGCAAAGGCUUGUUAGCGGAAAAAGGAGGCGAAAUGAAUCGUUUAAAGAAUCCUAUGCCGCCCACUAAAAAACCCACACAGAGAAUUCUUAAUCAUACGCUUCUUAAAAAAUCACCUCCGGAUACAUUCACAGCACGCAAUAAGGUAAAAUCGCUUCCCGUUGAAAAACCAGCUCCGCGCAUACUCAAUUCAGUGGUGGCGAAGAAAACUCAGCCAGUUAAGCCGAUGAUAGCCAAUUUCGAUGAUUCGGCUGAUGAUGAAAUUUAUCCCCUUUCCUUUGAUGGCGACGAGGAUGCUGAUGAGGAUGAUGGAGAAGAUACAAAUGAUACAGGAGAAUUAGAGGAAGAUAUAGAUGAUGCAGAGGAGUCCUUUGAAGUUGGUAAGAGUAGGCUUCCAUCCAGUACACCGUAUCAACCGAAAAAAUCAGCGCCAUCAUCUAAGGAAAACUCACAAGUUGCACUCAAUCGGCAACAACCAGCAAAAAAUGUUAUUCAACGCAAAAUAACACCGGAAAAAGUUAUAAUAUCACGUCAAGGUGAUAAAAUAGUAAAGAAAAUAACAUGUUUCGAAACAUGGUACGUUAUUAUACCCGAGGAAAUAAAACCGAAAGUAAGCCGGAAUAUACUCGAGAUACCGUUAAUUAAAUUGGCUAACAUAGCAACCGAAAUUUGUCUCCCAACCGACGAUUGGAAGAGUAAAGUGACGUUGCACGAGUUGUCACCAUCAAUGAUUGCCAAAACAAAUCUUAUCACAUAUACUGGCGAUCUCAAAGAUUAUAACAUCUCGGAAAAGGAUCGAAGCCGUUAUCAGCCGUCGUGUGUAAUGUUUAGACGUUCAGUAAAUGAUCGCACGAAAUCACGACUUCCCUACGAUAGAGCUGUCAUAUUUAAGAAUAAAACAUUUUUUACAAAUAUCGAAGGCAAAAACGUUAAAUUAGUUGGAGCGCCUAGCACAAUCAGUACGCAGAAGGAUGUCGAAAUAUUACUACAAAUUGUAGAUUCUUUAACACUUCAAAGUUCACUUGUUGAACCUACAAAUACAACGCAAUAGGCAUUAUUGGCACAAACACAAAUUUCACUACACUUCAUUGUAUGUAUAGCUAAAAACACAUACUUGUAAUGACACAUUAUUUCGUUAGAAAUUCAAUUUUAUACUUAAGUUAUAAAACAAAACAGCAUAAAUUGGAAAACUCAUAGGAUUUUUCAAAUCUAUGAAAUAUAAAUCGGUAAUUGAAUUACGUAGGCAUGUAAUAUAAAGAAAAGCUAUUAUAUAUAUGAUGUAUUAUGUAUGUAUGCUUAACAUUGUCAAACUGUUGAUAGAGUUUACCCAUUAGUAAUAUACAUGGCAAAAAGUAAAUUUCAAUAUAAUAGUAACAUUUUAGCAAUGUUAUACAUACAUAUUAAGCUUAUAUAAUAACUCUGUACGGAUAUAUGUAAAAACUAUAGUUUGCAGGGAAUUAUAGUUAAAUCCGGGAUUAUAUGGAGGCCACUGAACAUUUUUUAAAUGCAAAGGCAUUGGUGCGUAGGCAUUAAAAAUAUAAAUACUGCAUAAUGAACUUGACUAACAUCUCCAAAAUACCUUGUCUAUUGCCAAGAGAGGAAUUAUAUAUAACAUAAAACGUUAAACAUUAAUUCAUUUAUUAUAUACUGAAAUCUUAUACAUACAUAUUUAGUAUAUUUGUAAAGUCGUUCAACAAUAGGAGUGAAAACAAAAUGAAGAAAACAUCUCUUUGUUAAAAUAAUUAUGGUUAUUUUUAGUUAUGUAACUAUUAAGUAUUUUAUUGUAGAAUUAAAAGCCAACUCUAAUUUAUAAAAUUCUAAAAAAAAAAAAUAAGAAACGGAAAAAAGAAAACGAGCAGUGUUGGUAUAAUAAACCAAUUUUUUAUGUUUACAUACAAGUUUUACUUUGAUGCAUAAAACUAAGCUUGGAAAAGGUGAGAUAUGAAGUGUUUUCCUGAAAUUACUGAACACAAUCGAUUUAAUUACUAAAAAAAAAAAACAGCCAUAAUUGCGCAACUAUAUUUACUCUAUUGAAAAUGCAUAUAACAGUUUUUGUGAGAAUAUUUCUAUGUAUAGAUAGUUUAUCUAUGCGAUUUUAUUGAGGUCAUUAAAACUUUGUUCUAUCCCAGAUUGAUUACUUAACAAAAUGUAUAUAUUUACUUUAAAUUGCAAAUAAAGAAUAUUCAAAU